AAAUAUUUUUUCAAAAUAAGUGUCUCAAAAUUUCGAUAUCAGUCGAUAUUAACUGACGAUGAUAUCUUUGAUUACGCGAGUCGGUAAAAUCAAUAUAUGCGAGCGACGCAGCCGAUUGAUACGCAAAAUCCCGAGUGGGCAUGUUAGACAAAAAAACAUCGCAAACCACGACAACGACCGAGACAAGUGAACGAUCACGAGCACAUGAAUUAACAAUCGGGCACGGUUAAAGUGAGUGAACGCAUCUUGAUCGAUGCAUCGUGGUUUUAUUUUGACCAAACGUGCAAGUAAGACGAAGGCUAUAUUCGCGUGUGACAUAAACCGCUGGAAAUUGAAGGCGCGAACCAUCGAGAGUAAAUACGCAAAAGGUACGUUACUUGUAAGACAAGUAACAGUGCAAGCUGCGAGCGACUUUUUGCGAGCAAGGUAAGUAGACAUUUCUCGACAUUGUUGCUUUUCUUGGAUCGGAUUAACUGCGUAAAAUGCGUAUUGUAUUUUUUUACUGAAGAUCUAGCGAAUUGGGCACAUGUGUGCUUUUCGACUGAUAGACUCGAGUACUUUCUACCUGUAAGAAGAUAGUAAAAAAAGAUAGUAUGGCUGAUGACGAAGUUAAGGAGAUACUACGAAAUUUGGAUUUGGAAAUUCUGAUUGAUACAUUCACAAAAGAGCGAAUUAAUAUAAAGGCAUUAAAAAAUUUGACAAUACCUAUGAUCAACGAAUUGAUCCAAACAAUAGGUGAUAGAGCCAUUUUUAUUGAAUAUUGGCAACGUAAUUUUAGCAGGCCAUUAAUAAGUUCUGAAAAUAAAGAAAAAGAUGCACAGCCUACAUUUAAAAAAAGGAAAUUAGAUUAUGAAAAUACUGAUGCAGACUUAAUUACUACUACUUCAAAUAUUGAAAAAGAAAAUGAAUUGAAGAGAGAAAAUUGUUUUGUAGGAAAAUCAGAAUUUAUUAAAAAUACUUUUUUAUCAAUAAAAGAAAUUCUCUCGAAACAAAAAUUAGGUUUAAGAAUUAUUACAGCUUAUGAAAAACAAAAAAACUUCACUGAAGCUCAAAGAAAUAAAAUUUGCGAUAUAGUACUUACUUAUAUUGAUGAAAGAUUUUCAGAGUUGCCAAAUGAUAUAGCAAAAUAUGUCGCUGAAAAAAUUUGUGAGACUUUUCCAACUGAAGUUGUAAAAACUUAUUAUAUUUCUCCAAUAAAAAAGAAAAAUGCAAUAGAUAACAAAUCUAAAGCAUCUAAAGAAAAAGUUGUUGAAAGUAUGAAAUGGUUAGAGGCUAAUGGUGCUCCUUGGAUAGAGGUUCUAUUACAUUGGUCUACAACGAAAAAAAGAUCUGUACAAUAA